AUAGUUACGAGAUUCCAACCCGACUCCCUACGUCACCCACCUCAAAGUAAAAGAGUAGAAAGAAGCGAAAACAGAGAGGAUGGCUUCAUGAUCGGGUCUAGGGUUUCACGGCCUUCUCCUUUCUCGAUUCCCCGAGCUCAAUCUGUGUCUAUUUUUUUUAUGCGGUGGAUGAUAUAUCCGAACUCGGUAAGACGUAGUGAAAACAAUUAGUUCGUGAAUUUGUGUCUGGAUUGGUAGAUCGGAGAUUUUGAACAAUUGGGAGAGUCCUAAUGCCAGAAGAAGACUUGGUCGAGCUUAAGUUCCGGCUGUACGAUGGGACAGACAUCGGUCCUAUACGGUAUUCCUCAGCCUCGACUGUUGCCAUGCUCAAGGAAAGAAUCGUUGCUGAAUGGCCGAAAGAUAAAAAAAUUGUACCAAAAUCGGCGACUGAUGUCAAACUGAUAAGUGCUGGGAAAAUCCUGGAAAACAGCAAGACUGUUGGCCAGUGUAGAGAACCUUUUGGUGACCUUCCAGGAGGCGUCAUCACCAUGCAUGUUGUAGUUCAGCCCUCUCUAGCAAAGACAAAAACAGAAAAGAAGGUUGAUGAUUCCCCAAGGAAAAGUGUCUGCUCCUGCUCCAUUUUGUAAUAGCAAGUAUGGGAUUGGUGAAUGCAAUGCUGGUGCUGUUGGUACUUGGGUCCAUUUCUUCGGCCGAGUGUAGCUGGAAAGACACCCUUUGAACCAUGGUCUCGACUCAGUGGAAGGAUGUUUAUAUUGUAUAAGUGGAAGUGGUGGUGGUGGUGGUUUAUGUACUUAGUUACCUGUCCUUUCUUAAUUUCUAAGAUUGGAUUGAUAUAUCUGGUAGGCCAUUUAUUCAUACCAACGCAUUCCUGGUGUUUUGAGAUAGUAUAUAUAUAGUUAUAUAUAUUUCGUGGUUGUUAUGUUGGUGGAGAGAGAUGCCGUACACUGUGGGCAUGAAUCGGGAACCAAGCUGGUGCGUUGAAGUAGAGCUUUUCAUCUGAUGAUUGUAAUGAAUUUCUGAGGUUGCCUGUAUUUUCAGUUACUUGUAUCAGCGUUGUUUUACUUGAGACUCCUGACUUCAUGGCUUACUUCUGGCCAAGGAGUGAUA